GUCGGACGUUGCGGAGAAGAUGGGGGGGGAGAAAGGUUCAAGUAGUAGAAUGGAAUUAUAUUCAAGGAACUAUGUUUAAAGAUACUGGGUGAUUGCCGAUACAGCCUAUCCAGAACCGUAUCUAAUUGCAACUAUUGCGGUUUCUAAAACCUCAAAUACACUGCUCAAUACCGCAUAUUGUCUACCGUCACCGUAAACUUAUGUAUACACCUAUUUACCAAGAUCAAACUCAGCGUUUUUGACGGCACGGAGCCGUACAUGGUCAAAAAAGUAGAAUAUGCAUAAUGAACAAAGCAUUACAAGUGAACAUGAAAGUUACUAAUAAGCAUCCGUAUUGUUUUCUAUAAUUAAUCUCCUAGCCGUUCUCUGCUGGAUAAACUGGCUGCAAACUCGGUCUCGGUACUUGUUUUCUUUCAAACAUUCACUCUACUUUGUGGAAUCUCGCUAACGCAUUUUGCGAUGCAGGAGGCCGGCAGCAGUGCAGUUUUCGCUGUUUGUGAACCACAAACUCAUCUCUAUGUUACUCUGUAAGAGAAUUAUUCUCUUACAGAAAUAUAAUUCAUUUCGCGAUACAUGGUUAACAUAAAUUUUACGGAGGGGAGCGGCAGUAGUACGGUCGUACCUUAGACAGUCGCACAAAGUGAAUUCAGCGCUAGUGCCACCUACCCGGCUGUAUUAGAUAUAAGCGUAUAGCAAAUAUUUCACCACAAAGACUUAUAUAAGGUGCUCACCAUACCUUCAUCAUCCAUCUCCCUUGCACACACAUCUUCAUCCUUUCCACUUGCAACAAAUCACACUCCAGAUCCAUCAAUUUGAGAACGAUUUAGAUCACAGCAAAGAUAUCCACCAUACUAUUCACUUCAUCAAGAAUACCAAGACUUUCUCAACAACUUAUUUCCUCAAAACAAAAAGAUCUUAAUAUGGCUAGAUACAUUGAUCUCCCCGUAGAUUGGGCUACACACAAUGAGAUUGACGUCUCAGCAUUGGAGCAAUGCGUCCACAGAAGAGAUGAAGCACCCGAAGGGUGCACCUGCGAACUUUGCAACAGCGAGGAAGACCAUCUUAACGGAUGGGGCCGUCUCGAGAAUCGUGCUCACACAGAUAUUUCUGCCAGACAGGCCAAAGGAUGGCUUGAUAUGUCGGCUCCUCUUCCUGGACCAGUAAUAAAUAAGGAAUUGCACACCAAAACCAACAAAAUUCUAAGUCUCACCAUCGACUACUCUGGUGAUAAACAAACCGAUAUGUCCAUGGUCCUCCGCCAGCUUCCAAACCAUUGCUCAUGGACCGGGAUUCUCGAACUCAUUAUCCACCCUGGUCGUUCUCGUAAAGAAGCUCCAAAGCUGUAUGCUAACCACGUUGAGGAGAUCAAGGCAUUGGUGCGACAAAUUAAUUCAUCGCUGUCGAAGGUGGAAUCAAUCCGUUGUCAUUUCUUCAUCGACUAUUUCAGUUUUUCGCAUUUAAGAUUAGCGGCUGGAUUAAUCGACCUCGAGAAUGACAAUUGGACUCUAGCUUAUGUGGAGGCUGGGGAAAAAAAUCGCAUUAAGGAUAUUUAUAGGAGGGAUUCAGUUUUUAAGAGAAUUGAAUGUGUUUAUCGGGAGGAUUUCGCGGAAUAGGUGGGGAUAUUUUAUUGGGCUGAUUGAGUUCUGGAUUUGACACGGGAGAAUUCGGUAUGGACCGCAUGGUGGAGGGUAUUUUAGAAAGUUCUCGUUAAUUUAGGAGUCGGUUCCGCGCGCUAUUAGGGGGGUCUAGUUUUAGCUUUUAUUUAGGCGAAGCAUAUAGUAGGAGUUAAAGGUUCAAUAAGAUGAAGCUUGACUUUUCAGUAAAUCUACUUUAUUUGACUCCUAGGCUAUUAUAAUUAUAAGUACAGAUAUUUCCCAUGUUCCUCAAUAAUUCAUAAAUGUGAUGUUCAACCCAUAUUAACUUGCCAUAUUUUUCAGUUUUUUAUACGCAUUCCCUCUGUCCAAUACUCGCUAUUGUUUCACCUGAAUUCUUUUUGCUCUUAUGAACAAUUUCAUUACUCCUCCCAGAAAACAAAGCUUUAUUAAUAAUUAAAUGAUCAUGAUAAUUCUACAGGUCAAUGAUGUUUGAAAAUUAAAUCUUUUGUUCGGCGCCUAGAACUAACUAUCUAGGCUUGAAAUGACUAGAAAUUUCAAAUUCUUGAGACAUACGAAAAGAAAAAAUAUAUAAGCUUUGUUCCUCUGUCUCCUUUGAGCUUUCGAGGCUUUCUAUAUGUUUUCAACUUGUGGCCUUUGUGAAAAAUUCAAUUGUUCCACAGUUCCUUUGUUUUCCAAGGCAAAGAAGUAAUAUUGAUAUUGAGGUUUGAGUUUUGUUGUUAAUGCUGGAAGGAUAUCGAAUAAAAUGGAAGGGUUUCCGUCACCUUCAUGUAUCUAGCAGUUUCUCCUCAUUAGGAAACAGUUUCAAUGUAACAGUUCA